AUGCCAACUUAUGCUAAAUUUAUGAAAGAAGUGCUCACAAAGAAAAGGAGAUUCUCAGAGGAAACUGUGGAGUUAGAGGUAGGUUGCAGUGCAAUAAUUCAAAAAUCUCUACCUCAGAAAACAAGGGAUCCAGGUAGCUUUAUAAUUCCAGUAACCAUAGGUGCAGUAUCUGUGGGAAAAGCCUUGCUAGAUUUGGGAGCAAGUAUUAACCUGAUGCCACUAUCCAUGUUGAAAAGGAUUGGGGAGCUAGAAACCAAACCUAACAGAAUGACUUUGCAACUAGCAGAUAGAUCUAUGAAAUUUCCCAUAGGGUAG